GUGGAUUUCCUCAGCGACCUCAUGGAGGACCACAUGUAUUUAUGCAACGCCAGUGCCAUGAAGGACUGGAGCUACUUCCUGUCUAAGAUUUUGCCUCUGGUGAAUAAAACCACCGGCUUGGCGAGGAUGGACAAACCGGAGGCGGUGACCGCCGCGGUGGUGACGUCUCUGCAGCCGGACGGGGCAACAAGCAACCCGCCGCCAAACUCCAACCAGACCUCCGGCAUGGAGCACAUCUUCCAGUACUCGUACUCGGAGGACGACCUGCUGCUGACGGACUACCGGACCCCGGUCCGGGACUCCAUCCCGCUGCCCAAGGCGGUGCUCUACCUGGUGAUGGCCGCGCUGGUGGUGGUGGCGGUGGCGUACGCGAUAGUCGGACAUCUGGUCAAGGAUGUAGUGAACGACUUCGUUGGUGGAGGCCGGUCGAUCGUUGCUGAAGGCGACGGCGCCGAAGCCAGUGAGCCAGAUUGGGUGUUUGACCCGCCUCGAUCCGCCAACCGCAACAAGAUGGAGAUCAGCUGCAUCACCAGCAACAUGCAUGAGAUGAGCGACCUGGCUGAGCGGCCGCGGCUGCUGGAGAUGGGUUACGUAUCGCUGAACCACACCAGCCGGCCGGAGGAAACCGUCUUCACCGUGGACGAAACCCUCCAGCGCCAUCUUCCCGACUCUCAGUCCGGGACUUAAACGUGACUUCCUGUUGUUGUCCUGAGAGAAACAAAGCAGCCUUCUUCCUGUUUGGGGUGGAAUCACCAGUUGGUUGUGGGUGGAAGCUUUAAUCCUUUGCGGCUUGGCCUGCAGGACAGCAGCUGACGCUGCGUGACGUUGGGCCUCGUCGCCGGAAGCUGGUGUUUGUUUUAAUGGGUCUCCUUCAUGUCAGGAUCAGUGAAGAGAAGCAGCACCAGAUUCAUUUGGGUUACAGAUGGACUGUCYCGCCGGCCCCCAUGCUUCAUCCCUGUCAUCAUGACCUUUUCAGUACCAMGCUUUAAUGUAUUUCACUCUGUAUUCACAUUUAUCACCUGAAAUAUGCACCUCAGUGCUCAGUAAAUUAGUGUUAACUUUGCAUCAGACUGGUCUUUCUGUGCACAACGUUGUUAAUACCGAGGCAAAAAAUAUCCACCUUGAAAAGCCUUUUUGUAGCGUCAUGCUAUUAGCUUGAUGUGAAAAAGUGCUAAGUCACCGCUGAGCGUUUUGUUCCACGCAAAUGCAAAAAAACAAAAGAGCUUUGGCGAAAACGAUGAAUGUCAGCGUAGCUUUUUCAGUGUCCGUUUACAUGUUUAACUCACUUUUAAGGGCUGCAUGCUGCUGCUGACACUAAAACCUCUGCAUGCUGUGAUCAUCCUCUCAAGCACAUACAGCAGCUGUAAGGUAAAAUAUUAUAAAAAUACUGUUCCCACUGUUUCCUGUUAUUCCUAUUAACACCUGGUGAACAAAAAACCCUGAAAAAAUAUCAGUUUUUUACUUGAUGCUGUCAGUCACUGUAACCUUUUUCAAAUUUAUGAAUCAAUAAAGUUGUAGAUGAGA